CUGCAGCUGAUGUCAUGGGUAGAUCUGGUGGCCUGUGAUGUUUGUGAUCCCCACCAUCUUGUGUCUGAUUUAAGACUGCUGCUGAUCCGGUUUGGCUUUAAGAUAUCAUAAAAGAGAGUGUUGCUACUGUUGGUGGAAUUGUCCACAUGUGGAAUCUACAGCAUAUUUAAACAGUGGAAGCCUGAUUUAAGCUUUAGUUCUUAAAUUAGUUUGGGGGAAGAGUGCACAUAUGAAGAAAUGAUUUAAAGGUAAAAGCAGACAAGCGUUGUUGUAAAAUACGUCUAACUUGAAGUGUAAUUUUUAUAAAUCGUGAAUAUGAAGACACGGCUCUUAAAACGAGUUUUAGAUUCAGUCUCAUGCUCAUGUUCACUUCCUCUUGCUCACUAAUGAGGGUUCCUCCAUUUUACGCAGUGAAGCGCCGUCCCUCGCAGUCCCCCCUCCUCUCUGUGGCUCUCGCCGAGCCUCCGCUGUUUAAAUGGGCCAAGUUGAGAAGCGGCGGAGAGUGCAAAUCUUGUUUGGUCUGGGUCUGUGAACUUCAGCGUGACUCCAGCGACAUACACAGGGGUUAAAAACUCUCCAAACUUUCAUCGGUAUUAACGUUGCGCAAAUUCUAAUCAGGGAAUAUCAACCUGAUGUGUUUGGCUUAUGUUUCUAAUUAGUGUCACGUGCCUCAUUGGUUUAAGGAACAGAAGAAAUGCACUCCUAUCAGUUCCUUUUUUAUUGCCUUCAUUGGCUGUGAAAUUGUAUCUUGGCCAGAUUUAAGCUCCCCGUUGCUGAAUCGAUGUGCAUUUUUUCUAAUGAUUGCACAGCCGAUUCAAUGUGUUGACUCUACUCAGUGAAUGUUAAAAAAAGAAAUCUCCUACUUCUAACUUCCCCAAAGGCAAAGAAAUAAGAGACACCGCGUGUAGCCACGACUAAUGAUCACCGUAGGUAACAUUAUGUCCGGGUCUCAGGGCUACCCAGCAUGUCAGGUAUUAACAGAGCGAGCGUGAUUAAAUGUGGGAGGUAGGAGCUGUGAGGCUGGCGGAGAGCGGUGCUGCCGCUGUGAGCUGGAAACUACUGAAUGGGAAUCUAUCCGGCAACUUCACCAGACCGCUGUCUCACGGCGACACGGGGGCUCUGCGUAAAACCAAGCGGCGCGUCUACGAGUCUGGGUCAGCCCAACUCACAGACGGAGAGGACGCUCAAGUUGGAUCGGGCGAGCAGCUUUUCACUUGUUACCGGCGCUCGGCUCCCACUAACAUGCCUGCCAUUAAAAAGGAGAGGCUGGAUGGAGACGACAUGGCACUGACUGCGUUCAACCAGUCCGAAUACCUUGCCCCUUUAAAUGCCACAGCGAUCCCCGUGGUGACCCCGCAUCCGCCGCCCUACGACCACAUUUUCGCCCAUCACCGCGCGUACUUGGGGCUCCACGACUCGGCGCUGCAUCACCAGCACCUCCACCAUCACACGGACGACUUAAUGCUGGAGAGGUUUUCCUCCAUCCCCGACUUUCAGCCCUUCUUCGACAACGGGGAGCCGUGCAUCGAGGUGGAGUGCGGGGAAAACAAGGCUUUGCUCUACAUCAAUAAAUUGUGUCAAGGUAGCAAGGGUCCCUCAAUUAAAUACAGGGGCGAGUGGCUUACCCCCAACGAGUUUCAGUUUGUCAGUGGACGAGAGACUGCCAAAGACUGGAAACGGAGUAUUAGACACAAAGGGAAAAGUCUCAAGACUCUUAUGUCCAAAGGAAUCUUACAGGUGCACCCACCAAUCUGUGAUUGUCCUGGCUGUCGAAUUUCGUCUCCAGUGAAUCGCGGGCGCUUGGCUGAGAAACGCACCAUUCCCCUGCCUCCCAACCGGGUCCCCAAGAAGGAGCUGGCCUCCAUCUUCAGCAGUGACGACAGCGAAGGCAGCGAGCGGGCCAGUGGAGAACAUGCCCACAUCAAACAGGAAGAAGAGUUGCAUUACAGUAUCAUGAAAAAGAGUCGUGACAGUCACCUCUCUACAAUCAUCUCCAGCCUGCACAACACCAGACAGCACGGCAUGCCCGAGGGCCAGUCAGCCUCUGACCACAACACCAGUACUGGACACACAGAUGACCUCCUAGGCAAGAGGAGAAGCUUCUCUCCCAACAGCAGCAGCGAGUGUCCCUCUGACAGCAAGAAGCGCCGUAGCGUAUCCCCCAAAGAGAACUCCCAGAGCCCAGCGGUGGAGGCAGGCAGCAGCCACGGCCACAUGAGCCCUGAGGAGCACUACAGGCGCAUGAUGUCAGCGCUCAGCGAGCAAGGAUCCUAUGAGGAGCAGCAGCAACGGAUCUACCAGCUGGCGAGCAGCAUGGGUCUGCAAGGCCACGACAUGUUGCGUGCUCGCCAGGAGGCGUUGGCUGCGGUGGUGAGGAAUCCAGCGGCCUUAGAAGCCCACCUUCCCUCUGCGGGCAGCUCCUCUUCAUCCAGUCAGAGACGCAAACAAGGUCUGCCGCAGCACCGGGAUGCACAUUACACCGACAGAGAACUGUCCCACCCUCCUCCCCUACUGUCCCCUCCAACUGCGCCUCACAUCGCCUUAGGAUCUCACCUGCGGCCUCAUUUCCUGGGCAUGCCCUCAGCUCUUUGCCAGGCUCCUGGUUACGGUUUCCUUCAACCAGCUCAAGCUGAGAUCUUUGCUCGGCAACAGGAGAUGUUGAGGAAGCAGAAUCUGGCCAGACUUGAGAUGUCAGCAGAGCUGCUUAGACAGAAAGAAUUGGAAAGUCUCCACCAGCGACAGCAGCAGCAGCAGCGUCUUCUGGGAUCUGACCACCUGGGAGCUCUACCUCCUGGCCUUCCCCAUGACCAUCCAGCCCUGCGUAGCCUCCACGACAUCCCAGAGAGCCACCCCCUCCGCGAAGAACUGGUCCGCCGCUCAAAUGCAAUGCUGGUUCUUCGCCAUGGCACUGCUACUCCCCUCCUAACCCUCAACCACCAGCAGCAACAACCUGGGGCGCCCUCCACACCCAAAGACACCCAGGCGCAAAGCUCCUCUGCUGGACCAGAUGCCGACUCCAGGAAGGCCCCCCACAGGGGCCCCCAGACACAGCCCCGUCCUGGGGAUCACGCAGGAGGAGGAGAGGACAGAGGAAGGGAGGGAAACAGGGAGGUGCAGGAUGAGGAGAUGAAGGACUCAGAUAGCGACACUGAGAUGUGUGAAGAGAGGCAGGACAGUGUCAGUGCCAAGUCCAGCAGAAAACCCAGGGACAGGGAAAGAGACGGGGGUAAAGAGACUAGCAGCAAGGGAGUGUGUGACAAUGCCAAGGAGACUGGAGAGACCUCAGGCAGGCUGAGCGCCCCUUGCAGUUCAGCAGGUACAGAGUCACCCAGUCGCCACCUCUUCACCCCUGGACUGGGCAAGGCUGAUGUCAAGUAUCACCUGCCACCAGGGUUCCUGCCCCCGCUGCCUGCUCUUCACGCUCAGUCGUUGCCCUUUGGAUUCCCCUACGCCAACCCCUACUUUCACACGGGCUCUGUGGGAGGUCUUUUCAUGGAUGGGGAGGACUCAGCCACAGCAAACCCUGUGGAGGACAUCAGCAAGUGGAGUGUGGAGGACGUGUGUGGCUUCAUAAGCAGUUUGGCUGGGUGUGCUGAAUACACACAGGUGUUUCGGGAGCAGGCCAUUGAUGGAGAAACAUUACCGCUGCUCACUGAGGAGCACCUGCUCAACACAAUGGGAUUAAAGCUGGGGCCUGCGCUCAAGAUCCGCUCACAGGUGGCACGCCGUGUUGGCAGGCUUUUCUACAUGACUGGAUUCCCGCUGGCGUUCCCGUUUCCGCCUUCUGCUGCGCUGCGCCCCCCAGAACGGGAUCGGGACACACUGACCACGCCAUCUGACACCCCCCUGCCUCUCUCGCUGUCCCUGCCCCACAGACCCACCUCCACCAGCAGCAGCUCCUCACCAUACAGUGGCCCCACCCCAGGGUGCUCCUCCCCCAAGCAAGAAAAUGGUAAUGGUUCCACGGUGGGAGGAAGAUACGAGGCCAAAACUCCUUCGUAGGAGGGGGCUGGGCAGGGGUGAGGAGGGCAGGCCUCCCUCAAACUAACCAGAGAGAGUUGGAAGGGUGGGAUAACCUGACCCAGAGAGUUUGACUGCCAGACCUUAUUUACCGCCCCCCAAACACACACACACACACACCCAUACACACCUUGGGACCUUUACGCUGAAAUUUAUGCGAAAAUAUUGGACUGGAUCAAAAGAUAACUGGACAAUAUGGACUGUAUCCGACAAACCAAUCAGCCUGAGUUCCCCUGCAGUGGCUGUAGCUGAGCAGGAUCCAAAAAACUGGGUAGGAAGGGAGACACGAGAAGCGACAGAGGAACAGAGAAAAAAAAAAAGGAGGAAAAGGAGACAGCUGGUCAUAGCCAGCCUGCCAAAAAAAGGAGAGAAGCCCUGCCACAAAUGCGACAUUCUUGCAAGUCAGACAGUCAGACGCUAGCGGAAACUCUUCCUUCCUUCCUGGGCUGGAGGAAGCUCUGCUCACUCACUUUCUUCUUCUUGUCUUUAUCUCCGACUGCUCUCACCACAAGCCCUGCAGAACCCAGGAAUUAAAGAGACGCCUCUCCUCUUUUUUUUUUUUUUUGUCCCUCCUUCCCCCUCUCCCCCUCGCCUGUUUCCCGAGGCCAAACAGCAGCGCGGAGCUGUCUUUUUACAGGCUGGAGUUGAAGCAUAUGCUGAGCAGCACCAGAUCUGACCAGCUCCCUCUUAUCACUGCAACUAUGCAUUCCACUGUCCUGAUACCAAAGAUGACCGGAUGCGUGGAAUUAGAACCACAUUUCACAAUAAUGUGUCCGCUUCUUUUUGCAUUAGUGGUCGCAGAGAAAGACUGGUCCAGCAGGGAAAUGCUAGGCUAGUGCCUCACGUGAUGGACUGUAUUUGAGAAGAGACAAAUAAAGCUGUCAUACAAACGCUUACAAAUGUUGGCGAAAUGGAGAAGCCUCAAUGAGAUGAGGCUCAUGUCAUUGUACGCUUGUGUUGACUACUGUGGGAGGUAGGAAAAACAUGCAAAAUUGUACAGAAUCAUGCUUAAGAUGAAAAUAUCCUGAAGGUUACAUACGUGGUACUUUUACUUUGUCAUAAAUGUAGUUGCACGAAUAAGGUUUUCUUUACUGAAAAAUGUGACUUGCUGAACUUUGGUGGUACUUUUGUUCAAACAUUUUUGUUCUGCCAUUUUUUUUUAAAGUGUAAUAUUAAAAGAUGCUCCAAUCUUGAAUGCUACUUCAGCAUAUAAAUAUGAGGAAAAUAAAUAUUUAUAGGACUUUUGAUGUAGUAAAGCAGAUUAUGAUAUGUAUUAUAAUUAGCCCUUAAAAUGGAUUCCAAAGAUACUUUUACUUUGUUUCCUCUUGGUUGCAGGGAAAGAAAGAAAGGCACAAAGCUCUUAAUGCAAAUGUUUUGAAUUUGUUAUGGAUUUUUUUUUUUUUUUUUAAACUACGCAAGCAAUGAAUUAAAAACGGUCUCUAGAUUUCCCUUCAAAAGUUUUGUCUUCAUCCUAUUUUUCUAUUCACCAUGCAGGUGAAAUAAACCCUGAAGAAAUUCCU